GUUGUGUCUGUGCCGUUGUCGAGGCAACAGUGCGCUGUGCUGUGCCGUGCUGUGUCGAGUGGUGUGUCGAGCGCCGAGCGGCCGCGAGUGCCUGUUCAGUGUAGUGUAUGUCACACGGAAAUGUUGCGCCAGUGAACACGUACAGGAUACUAUAAUGGCUCUAAAAAAGGAUUUCGAUUUACCAACGAACAUUUUCAAAAACGUAAAACUGCCCAAGCCCGUCAAAUUGCAACAGGCGAUCGAGAAGUUAUUUAAAAAGAAUAGCUACACGAAAAUAGUGCAAAGUUAAAUAUUAUAUACUGUUUUAGAUAAAUGGCCGGUGAAUCUAGUGCAAAUAUAAGUAGAAGUAGAAAUAAUAACAACACUGAGAUAGAGCCGCCGGAUAGAUCGCCUAUAUUUUUGAAGGACGAAACUUAUUUUAUUGGUAAAGGGAACAGGAGAAGUUCUACACCUAAGCAUAGGAGAAGUAGGAGUGUGAGUGCAAAUAGAAUUACACCGUCGGCGCUGAGUUUGUCUGACGACCACUUUUAUGAGGAUCUAGCAGAGUACGUGAAAGAUAUGUCGGCGCAAAGAGAGUCUGUGGGGGUAGGGGAGAGCGGGGAGGGCGACGUGUGGCGCCAGCUUCAGCAGAAGGAAGCAGACCUGCUGCUUGCUGCUGAGCUGGGCAAGGCGCUGCUCGACAAGAACGAGGAGCUCAAGAAAGAGCAAGAGCGCAUCGCUGAGGAGUACUCUAAAAAACUUGAGGAGUUGGAGCAGGAGAAGCACCUCCUGCGGCGGCGACUGGACACGACGCAGGGCGAGUACGAAGCGCGCUUGCUCGAGCUACAAAAUGAUAUUCAACACCUCACCAACAAGAUCGAUUCAAAGGACACCAGCCUCAAACAGCGUGAUGAGGAGAAGGCCGGCCUGAUAGCAGACCUGACGGCGCAGAACUCUCGGCUGACGACGCAGCUGCAGGCCAGCGCGGCGACAGAGGCGCAGUUGCUGGCUCAACUGGACGAACUCAAGGACCAGUGCUCUAUGCGGAAGACCAGUCUGCAGGAGCACAUGCAAAGCCUGAAGUCACUGAAGGCGGAGCUGGCGCUGGUGAGCGACAAAAAGACCGAAUUGGAGCGGCGGCUGGCUGGCGCGUUGCGGGACAAGGAUGGUCUGCUGCAGCAGCUCGACGAGGCAGCUGAUAGGAUCGCCGCGCUCGAGCGACAGCUCAAGGAACAGGAGCACCUGUAUCAGAACACUUUGAAGGAGUUGGAGCGUCUGCAGAGGUCUCACGACACUUUGGCGGAGCGCGUCGGCGCGCCCGAAACUGAGCACACAGAGAGCGCGCGCUCGCUGCAUGCCGAGCUGGAACCUGACGACCAGGGCGAAUUGGAGGGAGACGGCUGGCUGCGUGCAGAAGCUGUUCAGGUCUUCAAGCAGCUGCGCACGCUCGCGCUGCAGCUCAACACCGGGCACGAUGACGACUCCGGGCUGCACUCGGACCUUUCUCUGACGUCGUUAGACGGCGAAGAGGGCGAGACCCUGCGUCGCGGGGCCCUGGCGGCGGCGUGCGCGGACGCAGUGGCUGCCUACGCCACGCUUGAGGGCUCGCGCGUGAGAGACUCCAUCGCAGCGCACGCGCGCAGGGCCCUCGAGCGCGAGCGACAGAUCGACGAGAAGAAUGACAUCAUCGCUGAUCUCUCCUCCAAGCUGUCUGUGGCGGAGGUGGAGUUGCGCGCGGCGGCGGAGGAGCGCGACAAGCUGCUGAACGACGCCAACUACUCCAGCCUGCAGAACGACGAGGCGGUGGCGCGCGCACGACAGGAGCGCGACGAUGCCAUCGAGAGGAAGAAGGCCGCAGAGGUGGCGCUUGCGAAGACGCGCGUGGAGCUGAUGCAGGCCAACAGCCAGCUGUACGAGGCCGUGCGACAGAAGGUCGACCUCGGCCAGCAGCUCGAGCAGUGGCAGAUGGACAUGCAGGAGCUGAUCGACGAGCAAAUGAAGCACAAGCUGACGACGCAGGAGAAGCGGCGCAAGCUUCCGGAGCCGGCCCCCAAGCGCGCCUCCAGGCUGCUCGGAUUUUUUCAGCGGUGAUCUGCUGCGCACGACUCCUCGUGCGGCCGACCCGGCACGCCAUACCCCGCACCGUCAUCUACAUUACAUAUCUACAGUUCGUUAAGAAGUACGACCCUGCGAUAUACCCCGCGGCGAGCUCGCUGUGCGCCGUGGCGGUGUGGGCGCGCGGUGCUGGCGGGGCAGAGGGCGGGGGCGGGGGCGGGGGCGCGGCGGCCAUGUUGUGUCUCCUGUGCGGGCUGAGCGCGCGCGAGGCGGGGGGCGCGCUGGCCACACUCGCGCUGCUGCUCUCGAAGCCCUUCGACGUGUACACGUUGGCAGUGAUACUUAGUGUCUUAAUUAGAACCUUUUUAGUGAUGUUGAAUGUCAUUUUAAACAUUUUACUGCAGUUACUGUAGAGUAUAAAUUUUUUAUUAUACGCACUUUAAUAAAAUUAAUCGCGGAAACUAGCUAAAUUACUAAAUGAAAUUAUUUACAAAAAUGCAACUUUUUCUAUUGAGGCGAAUGAUGCAACAGAAAACGUUAGUGAAACACCAGUACACUAGAGAUAGCGUAGCUCAUGGCACCUGCACUAUCGUUGGCGAUGUCUCGCACGACCCGUUACCCACUGACGCAUCCAUUACGCCGUCGAUCUGAACAAUACUAACAUCCUCAUACCCGAGCCGCAAUGUACAUAACAAAACUGACGUCACGUAUUCCCUAAAAUUAGAAUCACAUUUAAAAAAUCUUUGGUGCACUAAAAAAAAUAGUUUAAAUUAAGUUAAAUGUACCGUGAAAAUUAAUAUUUUAAAUAGCCAUAAUAUUUACAGUCGUAGUUCGAAAAUAUUCAGCGAUCUGCUACAAUUUAACUAACAAUAAAAUAAUUGAAACAUUUACUAAUAACUUUACAAAUUCCCUAAAAUUAUAUAAAAAACUAAUCUAAU